ACCCCGCGUCCCAGACGCGUUUCUGGAGGAGGAAUUUCGGCGUUGGACCUGAGGUCCUACGUAGGCUACGGCGGCGACUUCGGUGCAUGGCGGCUCUAGGACAUCCUGCUCGGGAGGCACCGCCGGCCCCAGGCCCAGGUACCAUCCGCGCGCCCCGCAGACGCCGGGUCCCUGGCCCGGUUCCUGGCUCCCGGAAUCCUCCCACUGUCUGUCUCUGCUCAGGGCAACCCACGUGCAGUGACGCCGCCUGCAGAGCGCACCCCGUAGGCGGUGACACAUCCUUGAAGAAGCAAAAGAAUAAGAAGAAAACCCGGAACAGGGCCUCUGUGGCGAAUGGAGGCGAGAAGUCCUCAGAAAACCUCGCCCCAGAGGAAGCCCCCUUGAGCGCUGAGGCCCAGGCAAAACAGCUGGCCCAGGAAUUGGCCUGGUGCGUGGAGCAGCUAGAGCUGGGGCUCAAGACGCAGAAACCCACCCCGAAACAGAAAGAGCAGGCUAUAGGAGCGAUCCGAACUCUUCGCAGCAAAAGAACCCCCCUGCCCCGGAAGAGGCAGCUGAUGCGCUCCAUGUUUGGGGACUACAGGGCUCAGAUGGAAGCUGAGUGGCAUGAGGCUCUGCGGGCUCUCAGGGCUGCUGCCCAUUCAGCCCAGGUACAGCCUGUAGAUGAGACCACCAGAAAGAAGAGCCGAAGGGUCUGCAGGCCUCGCCCUGUAGGGAGAGCCAAGGCCACUGUGGACACUCCUGAUGAAGAGUUUAGGUUCAAUUUCUUUUAGCCUCUCUCCAAUCCUGCCCCUCCCCAGGGGUACUGUGGGGUUUGUCCUGAGUGCAGAAUUUUCCCAGGAAUUCUCUGUUGACACAUGUGAGGUUGGUCUGUCCCUGGCUGGUCCAAGGAUCUGGGCCUGUUGGUCAGGUAUGGGACCUUCCAAUAGGCACAGGACCCCAUUUGUAGGUUUUCUGAUGAAAUGCUCCUCCUGCCAGAAGAGAGACAGAGGUACCUUUAGAAAAUCUUCUACACUAAAUUGAAAUGCAUGUUCAGUGUGUUAUAGAAAGGAUAUUGUACUCAGUCUUUAGGUUGGUAGCAAGGAUUGGUGGGGGAACUAUGUAACUGUACACUGUGCUCACUUUUAAAGGAUGCCUUAUCAAAUGGUUUAGUGGUUCAUCCUAUUAUGUCACUUUGCCCUAAUCUCUAUUUUUGAUAAAAAUGGAUAAUGAAUAAA